UCAAAAUCGACUCAAUACGACAAUAAACGAUGUUCUCUUGCCAAAACAACCUUAAAACAGGCAUAUAUCGAACAAAUGGUCCGAUAACAAAUUGGAAAUUCAGGAUAACUCUGAAACAGAUUUACUCGCUAAUUGAAUUACCGAUGCUUGAUCAAAACUUAGAACCCGAGACAUGCAAAGAAUUAUCGAACAGUAGAAAUGAGCAACUAGUUAUAGUAUGGCAGGAGAAAGUAUUUAGUCGGUAUGAAUUGGACUACUACAGCAUCAAAGAUAAUUGCAAAACGGAGUUACAGAGGAACUAUCAUCACACAAUCAAGUCGUCUGGGCGAAUAAUAGAUGAAUAUGAGUCCAGAAUUUUUUCUUAUACUGACGCAGAGAACUAUACGCCCGAUGAGGAAUUGAACCAUCUAGCCCAAAUCAGCAAUAAUCACUUGAAGCAAGAAGAGCUUGAUUUCGAGAGUAUGUUCAUCAUGGCUGAUCUAGAAACAGAAGUGUUACUAUUUACAAUCAAAUGGAUACCAAAAGAAAAGAUGUUACUUGUUUAUCCAGACUUUAAUUGCAUGAUGAUCAAUCCUUACUAUAAAGAAAUUCGAGGCGACAGUCGACAAAUGUAUCAUUUCGGAAUAAAGAACUUAAAUCUUCGAAGAAAAUUACGAGACCCAAGUGAGACUCGAAAACUCCAAAAUGAUUUAAUUGAUAAGUUCACGAAAUUAUCACUAAGAGAACGGCUAUCACAAGAUAAAUUCUUGCGACCAGAAAGUCACAUGAUACAAAUAUUAAUAUUAUUAGAAGUCAUUUCCGUUGCUGAGACUUUGUAUGACAAUGUCCAUGUGCGAUUCAUGUACAAUUUACCGAUAGGAACAAAACUCCUUGAAGGUUUUAUUGAUGGUUGCACACACAGCAGUAAGAAAGCUCGAAACGUUUGCAAUUACAGUCACUGUCAUGAACUGUUAUUGAAAGUGCCGGACGUCAAUGUUUUGAACGAUUCUGUAAAAAUAUACUUCGACAUUAUAUCAAUUGACAAUUGGAGACGCGAGCGGAUGCUUGGGAAUGCCUACAUGAAUAUACCUCUUGAAUCACAUACAAAGGAAACAGCAUUACAAUGUGUCAAUAUUGCUAACGAUGAAGGGCUUUAUAAUAAAUUAGAAACAUUUUUAGUAGGGGGACGCCGUAAAGUCAAAUUAAAUGAAUUUUAUGGACUGAAAAACGAUAGACUGUUGAAUCGUUACGUAUGCCGUUCUGAAUUCGCCGGAAAAUUGCAUAUAAAAUAUCAAGUAAUUCAGCAGCAUUAUCCACAAAUCAUCGAAAUGCCAGGCUCGAUCACAAAAAAAUACGGAAAGUUCCGUGCUAACGUUGUUACUAUUGAAGAGUUAUUAUCGUCCUACCAUCGUGCACGUGAAAGGCUAGAAGAAAUUGUAAAUUUGAAAUAUUAA